CGUGCACGCGGUACACACUGUAGUACAGCGGUGGGGGGUAUCCGCGUUCACACUCGCACAGACUUUAUCGACUACUGUUCGACUGUCAGUUCUAGUGCGACGUCUAAAGAAGCGGCAAUCGUUCACGGAAAUAAACGACGCUGUCGUUAAGCUGAAAUCGGUUGAAGGCCCCCCUCCACGACCGAGCGCCGGAACCGAGCGGAACGAUGGCGGAGUCGGGCAACAGCGCAGCAGCGGUGGCGGCUGCAACAGGAGCCGCGGGCUCGAACAGCAGCGCCGCCGCUGCUGGAGGAACUGCCGCGCCUGGUGGAGCCACUGGAGCCGCGGGAUCCAAACCCGGCCUGGAGUCGGUGAAGGGACAAAAUUUCGACGUGGGCCCGCGCUACACCGACCUCCAGUAUAUUGGGGAGGGGGCCUAUGGGAUGGUCUGCUCUGCUUUUGACAACGUGAACAAGCUCCGAGUGGCCAUUAAGAAGAUCAGCCCAUUUGAGCACCAGACGUACUGCCAGCGCACGCUGAGAGAGAUCAAGAUCUUGCUGCGCUUCCGCCACGAGAACAUCAUUGGCAUCAACGACAUCCUGAGAGCGCGCCGCAUUGACUACAUGCGCGAUGUCUACAUCGUCCAGGACCUGAUGGAGACAGACCUGUACAAGUUGCUGAAGACCCAACAGCUCAGCAAUGAUCACAUCUGCUACUUUCUGUACCAGAUCCUGCGUGGGCUGAAGUACAUUCACUCUGCCAACGUCCUCCACAGAGACCUAAAGCCCUCCAACCUGCUCAUCAACACCACCUGUGACCUCAAGAUCUGUGACUUUGGGUUGGCACGGAUAGCUGACCCAGAGCAUGACCACACUGGAUUCCUCACAGAGUAUGUGGCCACUCGCUGGUACCGUGCUCCAGAGAUCAUGCUCAAUUCCAAGGGCUACACAAAGUCCAUUGAUAUCUGGUCAGUGGGUUGCAUCCUGGCUGAGAUGUUGUCCAAUCGGCCCAUUUUCCCAGGAAAGCACUAUCUGGACCAACUUAAUCAUAUACUUGGUAUCCUUGGCUCUCCUUCUCAGGAAGAUCUAAACUGUAUAAUCAACAUGAAAGCCAGGAACUACUUGCAGUCUCUCCCACAGAAGCCCAAAAUUCCCUGGAACAAGCUCUUCCCCAAGGCAGACAGCAAAGCUCUGGAUUUGUUGGAUCGCAUGUUGACGUUUAACCCCAUCAAGCGUAUAACAGUGGAAGAAGCACUGGCGCACACUUAUCUGGAGCAGUACUAUGACCCCACUGAUGAGCCGGUGGCUGAGGAGCCCUUCACCUUUAACAUGGAGCUAGAUGACCUUCCAAAGGAGAAGCUGAAGGAACUCAUCUUUGAGGAAACGGCACGAUUCCAGGCCAACUACCAAGGCUCCUGAAGGGCAGCAAGAACCCCAGGAGAGCGACCAAGCCACGCUAAAGCUUAAGAACAAGAUAACUCCAAACAAGCUACAAAAGAUGUACACACACAUGGUAUCCAAAAAAAAAAAAAAUGUACAUGGAAAACUUGAGCGUUUCUUUUCUUUCUUUCUCGCCUGGAGGCUCUGUUUGGGUUUCUAACCCCGCUUUGUUAAUGCCAUCGAACGUGGACAGCUGUAUCCACCGUGUCGCUCCAUGCUGCAUACAGCCCCUACUCUUUCCCCCUUCCUGCUUAUCUUCUCACACUUUCUCUUCUUUGCGCUCUCUCUCUCUCUCUCUCUCCCUCUCUCAUCUCAUUCCUGUUAUCGGGCUGUUUAUGCCAUUAAAUGGAGAAAGAAUGGAGAGAGAGAGAGAGCAUAUCAUUACUACGGGCUCCGGCUGGGAGUGUACGUAUAUGUAAUUUGGACGUUUUUUUGCAUUCUCUGAGUAUUGUAUGUCCGAGAUCCAUUUGUACACUGUAAUUUGAAUGUUAUGAUCCUUUGCAAAAACGUGUUUUGUAUGUGGAGAGUUUAUAUUUGAGUAUUUGUUAGAAUUAUUAAUUUUUUUUUUUUUUUUUUUUUUUUUUUUUUUUUUUUUUUUUUAUAUAUAUAAACAAAAUACAUGUGGGAAGAAGCCUGGUUAGUUUUCCUGGUGAGCCUUAGUUGCUCCAGAUUGUGAAAGCCAAUGCAGAUUUAAAACAAAAAAAAAGGAAAAUAUUCAGGAUGGUGAUGAUGUACAGAACUGAAUCUUGCUUUACUUACUGUACCAUAUCCGAUUCCAUUGGUGGUUUUUUUUUUUUCUUUCUUUCUUUCUUUAUUUCUUUUUUCUUCUUUUGAAACGCUCUCGUCAGUGCUCUUGGAAAAUGAAGCCAUCAGUAUCAUCAAACUCAAAUAUCAUCCCCACAUCCCUUUCUUUUUCUCUUUCGGUGUCUCUAUUUGCUCUUAAUUAGUUCAUUUUUACCGCUGCAAUCAUGCUGUACACAUUGAGGCUUCAUUUCUUCAAUGUUCCUUUAGUGUGUAGAUUUUCUCCCAGUUGUUUUGCCGAAGACUUUUUUUUUUUUCUUUUUUCCUUUUCUUUUUUUCUUUCCUUCCCCGCUCUCUCUUCGAAGAAGCAUAUUUUAUCCCCGCUUUUUAACCGCUGAUCCCCUGACACCGCUUUCCUCCAACACCUGCAGCAUUCCUUCACAUUCUUUCUCCUCACAUGUCGCCAGUUGAGGAGGCAUAGCCAAGCCGAACGCUUUCAGAGCCAUAGCACACACUCCUUCCCCCCCCCUCCCCCGGUGAUGUCACGAUUUCUUCUUCAAAAAGGGCUUUUUUUCCCACGGGGCUUGCUGACCUCAAAGCCUCUCUCGCCUGUGAUUGGCUGAUCUUGUGAUAAUGUAGUCUGUGACUGGCUGACUUUGCAUGCACCAAAUCACAGGUAGCGUUUCCUAUUUUCCUGCUCGUUUCGAAGAAGUGUUAUUGCCUCGUUUGUUUCCUGCAACUGAUUAAAACGCCUGUAACCACGCAGAUCUACGCUUUUUGUCCGGUCGCCGAUGAGGAAAGCUAGCUCUAGAUAGUGGGAAUGGUGAAGUUUUUAAAUAGUGGGGUGUGUUCGUCUUUUGAAUAAAAGCCGGGCUUGAUUUCUACACCGGUGUUAAUGUUGAUAUUUUUGUGUGUGUGUUGGGGGGGGGGGGACAAAAGUGCACCCUACAGCACGUUUCGUACAUCGGUCGAAUGACGUUCUUCAAGUUGUGCACCUGCACUUUGUGUCUCACGACCAAAUGCUUGUUUUAUUUCUCUUUUUUUUUUUUUUUUUUUUUUUUUUUUAACUAGUGCAGUUUUGCUCUGUCCUCUUUCCUGUCUUCUCUUUAUAGAACUGUUUUGAUCGAUGGAGACGUUACAUAACUCCUGUAGUACUCUCUCUAUUUGGGUCUCGCUUUCUUUUUCUCCUCUAUGGCACUCGAUGCGUUUUCUCUUGCUUUGCUGGUGCAUUGUGGGACAGGAAGACACAGAUGGUCGGGCUGCAUCCCCAUGUCUGUGUCUGCAUGUCUGUCUGUCUGUCUGUCCGUCUUUCAGCUUUGAGCUGCUUUUUCCUCCGCAUCCUCUCGCUGCCAGUGACUCCAUGCCGCUCACUGAGCCGAGAGGAACAAAUCAUUACCAAGGAAAAACUUGUUAUGCCGUGGUGUUGUCGAUGUAUCGCUUUAUUUACAAACGGGACCAUAAGGACUGAACAAUCACACAGCACACAUCUACAGAUAUCCAUCAGUCACACAAACAGUAUAUGAUUUGAGACCUACAAACGAGGCAGAUUUAAUAAUGUCCUUUUAAUGGCUGUUCUUAUAAUUAUUGCUGUUCUAUUGAGUCUUUUUUAAGAACUGAAAAAAGGGAUGUAAAACUUUGUCUUUUUUUUUUUUCUUUCUUUCUUUCUCUCUUUGUGUUUGUGAAUUAAUUGGGUGUGUCGUCACGCUUUCUUUCGGAAAUCUAUUUUUUCCCCCUGAAUCUUUUAAGAAUUUAUUUUAAAAGAUGAUGUAAAGCUAUGAGUAGAUUUGUCAAGAGAUAUGAACCAUGGAUGGUUUUAGUGUAUGUACAUGCUUAUGGGUAUUAUGAAUUAAACAAUUAACAAAGAAACAGACUUAUAUACAUAUAUUAAAUAAAAUUCCUGAUACUGUAA